UCGGAGGGUUCGAAAGAUUCCGCAACGCUUUUGUUGAAGACAUUGAAGGAUAUGGCUCGUCCCGACGACCCUGCAGAUGUUUUGGGGUUGCAAAUGUCAAUGGAGCCUUUUCGCCUGAUUGUAGACAGUACUCGUCUCACUCACACGCAUCCUCUGGCGAUUUACGGCGCCUUGCUCAUUGCUUUCGCUGUCCGGGGUGUGUGGCAUGCGGUGUCCGUUGGUCGCGGAACAAUAAAUCCGAUUGAAUUUCUUGAUGGUCUUCUUGCCAGAUUGGCCAGAGUACAGUAUGAGUUUGUGAAGUCCACUCAUCCCGUCUGGAAGUCUGCUUUCGAUCAGUACGCUGCUAGAUUCGACAUUAUCAAAAAAUUCCUCACUGGUCCGAAUGAUCCUUCAGUUGAGGAAAUAGUGCGGCAUUUGGGCCCAUCCACAAUAUUCCUCUGGAAGGCGGCGAGUUUUCACGAACGGCAAGCCGGAUUUCAACUAGGUCGCGGUAUUAUCGAACAAAUCUUCACUUUGCGUCAAGUCCUUGAUAUGCGGCAUACACACCGUCGACCAACAAUCGCAGUGUUCCUUGACCUAAAAGAAGCCUUCGAUUCAGUUGAUCGUGAAGCUCUUCUGGGGUCGCUGCUCCGCAAAGGAAUACCGCGGAAUCUGGGCGGUGACACGGAUACGAUUGGUACAAUGGCCUGUGCAUUGGCUGGUGGAUACGCUGGUUUGUCCGAAGUUGAGAUGAAUUCGGACGAUUCGCCUAUACCGAAUCGCAUUUUGGCCCGCUGCGAACGCAUACAUAUAAUCAAAGAGUUCGCCCAAUGGCUGUGCGACAGAUGCUCUAAUUGA